GCGGAGCCUAAAUAAUCAUGUGGCUGCACCUGCAACCCUAUCUCAAACCCUGCCCCCGUGCCCUGCCCGCGAUGUCGAGCAGCCUCUUCCUCUGCUCUUCCCAGGUGCGCUAUGCCAGCCUCCCGGCACCUCUCCGGCAGCCGGGCCGCCACGCCGCCCGGAUGCCCCCGGCGGCUGCCGCGUUCGUAUCUCUUACCCGUCAUCGCGCUCGUCCCCUCCACUGGACCGGCUCGGGGGUUCGAAUGAUUGCUUCUUGCUUCGUGGUCAAAAGAAGAAGGCGUAGGAAUGGUAUCUACGCCUCUUUGUUUGGCGUUGGAGCUCCUGAAGCUCUGGUCAUUGGAGUGGUCGCUUUGCUGGUUUUUGGCCCCAAGGGUCUAGCAGAGGCAGCCAGGAGUUUGGGGAAGACUCUGCGUGCGUUCCAACCGACUAUCAGAGAGCUACAGGAUGUAUCAAGGGAUUUCAAGAACACCCUUGAACGAGAAAUCGGACUUGAUGAGGAUCCUCCAUCCAUGAGUUAUAGGCCUCCUCCACCUAUGAAUAAUAGCCCACAGCCUGCUGUUGACCCAGAUGUCAAGCCUGAAACAACCGUGCCAUACACCAGCGAGGAACUCAUGAAAGUAACCGAAGAACAGCUGGCUGCAUCCGCAAUUGCUGCUUGGAAUGCAAAGCAACCUCCCACAUCUGAGCAGCAAGAAGAAGCAGCAGCAGCAACACCUUCUGAAAGUACUGACUCAGCAUUAUCAGGAGGGAGUGAUGGUCCUGAUGCCGUGACGGCGGAGUCCACCUCAGGUAAUACUGAGAAUGCAAAGCCGAGAGAUGAGGCAUAAUACUGAAAACAGAAAGUAUGUUGUAUGCGGAGUAGAGCAAGGCGAAAGCUUUGGCGUCAAUUGGUUGUAGAAAGAAUGAAAUAGUUUUGGUUUCCACUUGGUGAGCUGGGUUGGCCAAGUGAUGGGUGAUUUGAGGCUUCGAUUAGUAGCGGCUUGGUCUGUUGUGGUGUGUAGCAUGGAGAGAUAGGUAGGUGAUGCGAAACCGAGCUGUGCAUAUCUUGGCCCUCCUCCAGUGUCUUGUUUUUGCCACGGCUGUUGUUACAUGUCUGUACCAUAUUUUUGUGAUUAUGCAAGGUAAGCAGAUAGAUUUUUUAA